GGAUCACCGCUCCUGCCGUCGUAAAUGCCUUCUACAACCCCUCAACGAAUGAAAUGGUAUUUCCGGCUGGAAUACUGCGAGACUCAUUGUACCAGCACGGACUGCCUGCGUCUAUCAACUAUGGAGCGAUUGGCACCAUUAUCGGGCACGAAAUGAUUCAUGGCUUUGAUGACACAGGUAAACAGUUUGAUGAGGACGGGCGGUUGAGAAACUGGUGGAGCCCUUCUACUCAAAAAAUGUUCGACAAGAAAGCGAAAUGCUUCAUUAACCAAUACAGUUCCGUUUUCAGCGAAUUGGCUAACACAACGCUGAACGGCGUGAAUACAUUGGGUGAAAAUAUGGCGGACAACGGGGGACUUCGAAUGGCAUUCAGGACACUUGACCAGCAACUGAAGGCUUUCAAUACGCCAGACGUGCGCCUUCCGGGACUGGAACAGUACUCAGCCAAGCACCUGUUUUUCAUUUCAACUGCAUUCGUAUGGUGUGGCAGUACACGUCCCGGGGCUCUGCGUCUGCAAAUAGAAUACGACCCCCACAGCCCGCGCCGACAAAGGAUAAACGUCUCUUUGAAGAAUAUGAAAUCGUUUACUUCGGUAUUUCGUUGCAAUGAAACAAGGAAGAUGUCGUUCAAGGCCAAAAGCAACGAAACUUGCGUGCUGUGGUAAAUUAGCACGAUAAUAAAGUUACCUUUUAUCACGUU